AUGGGGCCCUUCAUGCUGGUGAUGGUCCCGCACCACAUCAUCUCCCUCAUCUGCUUCCUCUACUGGACGCUCGUCUCCACCCUGGACUACAGCGACUGGUAUUUCCCCGUGAGCUUCGGCCUGCUCUCCCUGCAGGCCAUCGCGCCCAUCUUCUGCGGCGCCAUCUACAGCGAGGACAUCCACACGCAGAAGAACGCCCUGAUCGAGCCUCUGCUCACUCUCAAGGGGACCAUGAAGGAGCAGGCGAGCAAGCGACAGAUGGACACGCUGAUCGACCACGUGAAACGCAUGGACGCCCAGAUCGAGGGGCGGGGCUUCUUCGUCCUCAACAAGAGCAUGGCGACGACGGUGGUGAACACGGUGGUGACCUACCUGGUGGUGCUUAUCCAGUUCUACGGCAGUGGGACCUGA